AUGUCAAAUGAAACAAUCGUAUGGACGGAUGCUAUGCGUGAGGUACUAAUAAAGUCGGUACAACGUCAGGAAUGCAUAUGGAAUUUUUCCAAUGUUGAUUAUCGGAAUGCUGCAAAAAAACGACAAAUUUUUUGGGAAAUUGCUCAGGAAAUGUCGGAAAUGUUCGGUAUAAUGCUUAAGGGUACUCAUACAAGUCGUCAAUGGCAACAUUUACGAGAUCAGUAUAGACGAGCUAAGCGUCGAAUGGAAGUAUCAAAUGUUCAAAUAAAGCCAUGGCGUUUCAUGCAAAUGUUGAAAUUUACGGAUGCUACUGACAUUGCCGAAGCAAAUGAUCCAAUGAGCUAUUUGUAUAAUUCGUUUCUGUUGGAUGAUCGGAACGUCCAGCAACAACGUCCGUAUUCAACACCAAGUGCCUUGAUGUCACAGGAACGUAAAGAAGGCGAACAGCAAUCAGCGUAUCCUAUUUAUCCAUCCAAAACUGAUGGCGGAUUAUAUCCUGUGACUAGUACUGUAACUGUGACAUGUAGUCCAAGUACAGCUGGAAAUCCAUACAGUUCGGUUGAUCAGACUAACGAAGCCCUGGCGAAUAUCGAACGGUUAGCAAAUAUCGAACGAACUAUUGAAGCAGUCUCAAAAGCUGAACAGUUUAGCGAUAGCUCAUUUCAUCAAAACGGCGACGAAUCGUCAAAUCAUGAUGUAAAACCGGAUGCUACAUGCCCACCAGUUGUUGGUUCGAAAAGGCGGUCCAGUGCAUUACAAAUGGUACAUGGUAUUGACCGAAAGAGUGGGAGAGAAAUAAUCGACGAAUUCACUCUUUUGGGUCAGUUUGUGGAAAAAAAAGUACGAGCAAUUUCGAUUCGAAAUCCACGGCUUGGUUUAAUAGUACAGAAGAAGAUCAGUGAUUGUGUAUUUGAAGCAUCAAUGGAACUAUUGGAAAUCGAUCAUCCGGAAGUAGCACAGAAUAAUCAUGUUAAUUACAAUGUUACUUAA